GCGCGUAUGAGUCUAGAGACUAAAACUUUCUAAUCGUUGUUUUUGUGCUCAUUCAGUGGUCUUUUUGAUUUAAAUCCAAUUCAUGUCACUCCAUAAGCCUUCUAGACCCUGAUAUUUAAUUUUACGCUUAACAACAUACAGUAUGUGGUUUAUACAGCUAAUAAUUGGCUGUGAACAAUGUGUUUACUGUUUUUCCUGACUUUAUUUAUUCAGUAUACUCUGAGGAUAGGUAGUGUGUUCCGUGAUAUUUCAAAAUGUUUUUAGAAUCCGAUAUAUUUUCACAGCUGGGACAAUAUGAGUUAUUUGAGAGACCAUCCUUUCGUAUCGCUCGAGAUAUUAGUGGACGGCAGACCAGGCAAACUGUGUUUUAUGCAUGGGGAAGAUCAUGGUAUUUGGUUCUUCAUCGUGAAACAUCGUUUCAUAAUUCUAACUUGUCAGUAAGAUUUAUCAGUUCAAAUGGUACCCACUCUUUUUAUCCGAAAACAAAAUAUGCAGAAUUACAUACUGGCUAUGUAUCAGAUUCAAACCAAUCAUUUGUGUUAGCUCAUUUGGAAUCAUACAGUUCACUACUCAGCGCUCAUAUUCAUGUGGAAUCAGAUAUUUUUGUUAUUGAGCCAUUGUCUGAUUACACAAACUAUAUUGGAAAUAAUUCCAUGUUAAUGUAUCGCCUAAGAGAUAUUCAAUUUAAAAAGAUACUAAAUAAUUCGAUGAAUUAUAAAUCAGCCACUUUAUUGGCCCUAGAAACUGAUACAUUUGAUGUCUAUGUUAGACGAAAACGUUUUCACCCCAUACAAUUACAGCGCAAACUUUGUCGUCUUACGCUCGUCGCUGAUUACGAUUUUUUCACUAAUUUAGGAAAUAGAAAUGGACCUAAAACUAUCAGUCAUGUUAUUAAAGUAUUUGACCGGUUAAAUUAUCUGUUUCUUACUUCAAAAUUUUUGGAUGAUAAACACGAUGAAAUGAUUGGCUAUGGCUUUUUAUUACAUGAGAUCGUAAUCCAUGAAUCAUGGACAGCUGAUUACGGUCACUAUAAUUCACCAACUGAUGUAGGUGGGAAAAUUUGGACAGCUACAUCCCUAUUGCGUGCAUUUAGUCGAUUCCAUGCGAAACAUUGUUGUUUGGCUCAUUUACUUAGCUACAAAAGAAUAGAUGAGGGCAUUUUAGGGAUGUCUUGGUUGGCCUCCCCGGAUCCAAAGAAGUUAGGCGGUAUUUGUUCCCCACCUCUUCGACGGAAUAAUAAAAAGGAUCUCUAUUUAAAUACAGGAUGGACUACUUAUGUAGAUUAUAAUGGUCAACAACUAGUUAACGCUUUGGCUGAAUUAAUCACGGCUCAUGAAUUAGGACAUAGUUGGGGUGCAGAUCAUGAUCCUGAUACAGAUGAAUGCAAUCCUACAGCUAUAAGUUCUGGAAAAUAUUUAAUGUAUACCUAUUCAGUUUCAGGUUAUGCUGAAAAUAAUGGAAAAUUUUCACCAUGUAGUUUACGGACAAUUGGCGCUUGUUUGAUUACUCGUGCUCCAUUAUGUUUUGAAGAUUCAUCUGCGGCUCUUUCAAAUCUUUGUGGUAACAGUCGUAUUGAUGAGGGUGAAGAAUGUGAUGCUGGUCGAAAUCCACAUGAUCCUUGUUGUAGUUCUGAGUGUUAUUUUAGAACAGGUGCUCACUGUUCACCUUGGAAUCAUGGUUGUUGUACUUCUGAUUGUCAAUUAGCACCAAAGAAUACUAUUUGCGCACAAACUAGCAGUACUAAUCCUUGUUUAGGACCUGGUCAGUGUAAUGGUUUAUCAUCUCUUUGUCCAGGUCCAACACUUUUAUCCGGUGGUCAAUGUGAUGAACAUGGGCGAUGUUUUCAGGGUAAAUGUCAUCCCUUUUGCUCAAGUCUUGGACUAGAAACUUGUAUCUGUGAUUCAGUUGAAGAAUCCUGCUAUAUUUGCUGUUUAUUUCCAACAUCAAAUUCAACUACAAAUCAAAGCACCAUAUGCCUUCCUGUUAUAUUGUCCCAAAAUGAAUAUCUGUUAUAUUCUAAACAGAAUACUGUAAAACAUUCAGGAUCUUAUAAAUUCUAUUCAAUGAUUCAUCAUUCAAAACGAUCAACUCUGUAUUCUAUGCAUAAAUUUUUACCAUUCUCGUCUAAUAUAUUACGGUUGUAUGAUAAACACUCACCAAAUGAUACAUAUCACUUUAUUGUUAAUAAUAAAACUCAAAAACUACCUACAAUCGAUUUUAACAAUAUUAAUUCAUACUAUCAUGAACAACCUUUAGUACAUAUUCAUUUGCAAGAUUAUCGGCCAUGUCUUAAUGGUUAUUGUAUGGCGGGAAAAUGUAUAGAAUCGAAAAGUAAACGGAUAUUACGAUUUUGGACACCAGUUCAUUAUUCUAAACACAAGAAUUUCGGCACCAUUGCUUGGGACAAUCUGGUAUUUUUUGCAGUCUUUUUAUCACUUAUCAUAUGGAUACCAUUGAGUGCAUGUGUUGCUUACUUAAAUAGGUAUCAUGAACGAAAUUGUUAAUUACUAAUUAAAAAGUUAUGAAUCUUCGAGCCAGAUAUCCUGUCAAUCAUAUGAGACACUAUGUUUACCUUCAAGCAGCAUUUUUAGUGAUUCACAUACUUUCCACAUUAAAAUAUUUUAAAAGUAUUCAACAUUAUUAUGAUCUGUUGAACGUUUUUUUUCUCGAUCAGUUUCUAUCUUGUUUAUGAUAUAAUUUUUUAUUGUGUCCUCAUUCAAUUCAACCUUUUAUCAUACUUUGUAUACAUAAUCUUCCCAAUUGUGUUUUCUUGUUCUCAAAUGUAUAAAAACUGUAGUAUGUAUAUGUAAAAUCUGUUUUUCUUUACUCUUCUUCUUCUUGUGUAUGUAAUUUUUACUGAAGAUUUUCUUUUUUUAGCCUAGGAGUCACAUUUUUAAGUUCAGUCGCGUGAAAAGUGAGAUAAAUAUCUUUGAGUUGUUUCUUUUUUCUCUUUUUAUUAUUUCAUCCACUUUAUGCAUUACGCAUCAAUGUGUUCAUUUGUUCAAUGUCAAAUUUUAUUGUUUAUAUCAAAACUUUUAACAUUUUUCUUCUAAUUUUUAUCUAUUUCUAACUU